GCAAACCUGAACACUUUAGUCCGCAGCAACCUAUACACCUCAUUCCGACCUUACACGACCCCAUCUCUAUCAAUUGAUCCGUACCGCGAUCAAUUGGGCCACCGUUGGCAGAGGCUCUUUCUCUACGUCCCCAAUCCUCAGUCAAGAUGUUGUCGCGAGCCGCUAGACCAGCUCUCCGAGCUGCUGUUGCAGCUAACGCUCGGGCCACUGCCGUCCCCAGCACCGCUGCUACCUAUGCGACUCUCCGUGAGAUCGAGGACCGUCUCAAAUCCAUCCGAAACAUCGAGAAGAUCACAAACACCAUGAAGAUCGUCGCCUCCACUAAGCUCAACCGAGCUCAGCGCGCCAUGAACAACUCCCGCACCUACGGACAGACUUCCAACGAGGUUUACGAGUCUGCCGAGACCAAGGCUCUCGAGACCGAGGAGAAGAAGACUCUCAUCAUCGUCUGCUCUUCCGACAAGGGUCUUUGCGGUGGUAUUCACUCUGGUCUGUCCCGAUACAUCCGCAGACUCAGCGCCAAUGGAGAGAAGUUCGACCUCGUCCUCGUUGGCGAGAAGGCCAAGGCUCAGCUCUCCCGAACCAACGCCAAGUCCAUCCAACUCACCUUCGCUGGUAUUGGAAAGGAUGUCCCCACCUUUGCCGACGCCCAGGCUAUCGCCGACCAGGUCAUCCAGCUCCCCACUGAGUACACCGACGUCAAGAUUCUGUACAACGCCUUCGUCAAUGCUCAGACCUACGAGGCUUCUCUGAUUGAGGCAUUUUCCGAGGAGGCUAUCCAGCAGUCCCCCAACUUCUCCGCUUUCGAGGUUGACGACGAGGUUCUCGGUAGCCUCCGCGAGUACGGCCUUGCCAACUCUCUCUACUGGGCUCUUGCUGAGGGCCACGCCUGCGAGCAGUCUGCCCGACGAAACGCUAUGGAUAACGCCUCCAAGAACGCCGGUGAGAUGAUCAACAAGUACCAGAUUCUUUUCAACCGUACCCGACAGGCUGUCAUUACCGGAGAGCUGGUCGAGAUUAUCACUGGUGCUACUGCCUCUGCGGACAUGUAAGGAGUGGGAGUACAAGUCGGGGUGUAAUGCUUCCCUUUGUAACAAAUGCCAACGGGUCACCAUCCUCGCAUGGUUUCCCUCAUUGUAUCAAAGCUUCAAUAAAUUCCUUAGUAGCCCAUAAAGUCUAUAUGCAUGGCAAUCU